CUGAAGACUGCUGUCACUGAUCUGCAGGGAUUUGUUUUCCAUGAAGAAGAGGGGAUCCAGCUCUUGGUUAUCUGGAUUCUACUUUUGGACCUAAAAUAUAUUUUUUCUUUUCAUUUUUCAACUAAAUAUAUUAAGGAAGAUGUCAGCUACAUUUGGGUACCGCAAUCUUUGAUUUCAGCCUUUACAUCCAUUAUCCAUACAUAGUGGACUUUUUUCAUACUUCCAUUGAUUGCUUCAGAUACAGAAAAUCAAGCGCUCUUGUUUUUACUCACACACAUACUGCUAGAAUGUGGUCUUGUAUUAAAGACUUCUUCACCUAUGAAACCACCAAGUCAGUGGUAGUGAAGAGCUGGACCAUCGGCAUCAUCAACCGCGUCGUCCAACUCCUCAUCAUCACUUAUUUCAUUGGGUGGGUAUUUGUCAAUGAGAAGGCCUAUCAAGUGAGGGACACAGCUAUAGAGUCCUCAGUGAUGACCAAGGUGAAGGGCUUUGGAGUCUACAACGACAAGCUGAUGGAUGUUGCAGACUACGUCACUCCAACACAGGGAGCUUCAGUCUUCUGCAUCAUCACCAAAUUGAUCACGACGGAAAACCAAGUCCAGGGACACUGUCCAGAGAGUGAGAGGAAGUUUAAUUGUACCCACGACAGUAACUGUACAAGGCUCCGUAACAAGCCAGGAAGUUAUGGAAUUCUGACCGGGAAAUGUGUUCCUUUCAAUGGCACCAUCAAGAUGUGUGAGAUAAAAGGAUGGUGCCCGGCUGAGAUCGACACCAUCAAGACUACGCCAAUGAUGGAAGUGGAGAACUUCACCAUUUUUAUUAAGAAUAGCAUCCGCUUUCCAACCUUCAACUACACAAAAGGGAACUUCCUACCUACCAUCACUGACGAUUACAUCAAAAAGUGUAACUUUGACAUGGUCAACAACACCUACUGCCCCAUCUUCAGAGUGGGAGACGUGGUCCGCUACGCUCAGCAGAACUUCACCAAACUGGCUGACAAGGGUGGAGUGAUUGGGAUAAAGAUCGGCUGGGUAUGUGAUCUGGACAAGUCCGAUGACCAGUGUAACCCCUCCUACUCAUUCACACGACUGGACGCCAUGUCACAGAAGAACGCAGUCUCACCAGGCUACAACUUCAGGUUUGCCAAAUACUUUAAGAUGGACAAUGGAACAGACUACCGCACUCUGGUUAAAGCCUAUGCUAUAAGGUUUGAUGUUCUGGUCAAUGGAAAUGCAGGCAAGUUCAAUAUGAUCCCUACUCUGAUCAACAUGGUGGCCGCCUUCACAUCAGUGGGAGUGGGCACGGUGUUGUGUGACAUCAUUCUGCUGAACUUCCUGAAAGGAGCCGAGCAGUACAAGGCCAAGAAAUUUGAAGAGGUGUCAGACAACCCGCUGGAUUCCCAGAGCAAUGGCUUGUACCGCUCCCAGCUGUCCCUCAGACACAUCGAGUACAUGAUGAGGUCCAGUGACUCGGCGGGGUUUUCUAUUAAACAUUAUAGCUGAUGGACAGGAGCAACAGCCAAUAGUUAGAGAGCAGUGGACUGAGGAAGACAGAUGUGUUUUGGCUUUAUAGAAACAGUUUACUUCCUCAGGGCCUUCUUUACAUAAAACAGUACCUUAUGUUUACCACAUCUUUUUAUGGCAAUGUCAAAAAUGUCUGUAGAACCUUGUUUUUUCAUCUUAAAUGCUCCAAACAGAUUUGAACUAUACAAAUAAAAUAAAAUAGAAUGAGUGUCUUUGCAUGGUGACACUUUUUGGCAUAUGAUAUUGAACUGGGAGAAAUGUGUUUGUGUUUAAAACUGGAAUGCUCAUGAAGGCCUUUGUAACACAAAAACAGGAAUA